AUGACUCAAAGAGCGAAGCAGACCUCGGGGGCAGGCGCCGCCAGUGCAGCCUCCGCGGGAGCAGCCUCCGCCGCGCCGGCCACGCGAGCGGCACGUGAUAAUGAAACAGAAAGAAAAGUACCCAAUCAAGGAAGGCGUGCCGAAAAGAUCGAAGAAGAACCAGGCAAGGUCGUUUCUUUUAAAGUUGAUAGUGAAGUAAAUACUUUGGAAUCACAAAUCAGUGUGACAAACGGAAGGGAUCCAGAUGGAGUCUUAUCAAAAGUGGAAACGUUACGUAAGACAAAUCCUGCAAAAAUGAAAGGGAGGCCAUCCUUCGCACCAGUAGAUUUUCUGUUUCGGCUGCCAGAUGGUCUGAAGAGCUGUGACGUAACACCUAGGACUCCAACAAGUACCGCUACUUUGACAGCCAGUUACAGCUGCAUCUCUUUAAAAACAGAAGUUGAUGAGGCUCCAGAAGUAACAAAAGAAAUGUUGGCACGCAAAAGUAAAACUUCAAUACAGGAUCUGCGCCACAAAUUCAACAGUCUCACCAAACUUGAGGAGUGUGGAUGGGAGAAAGCCUGCAGUACGAGCAAAGAUGUGUUUCAGGACAAAUUUGUUUCAGGUAUAGCGAGUGAACCAAAACAGGAUGGUGCUGGGAUCGCAGAUGGGGGUCGCCUCGCUGCUGUGAAGAAGGCAGUGAGAGAGAGGAUGCAGCCGGGAGAGCGUGCUGAGGCCGUGGGCUCUGCGGUGCCGAAGGAAGUUGAUCAUAUAAUGUUUGACGCUGGAUCUUUUAGAAUCGAAAGUCCCGUUAAAUCGUUCUCAGCAGUAUUUGAUAAUAAAAAUCUCAUGACUGAAUGCCAUCUUCUUGAUUCACCACGCCCGGGGUGCAGUGAUCCCUUCACGCAGGUGGAGAAGUGACAGGACCACACCAGGCACGCUUCCUUUGGUGGGGGCUUAAUUGCCUUUUCACCUCGAACGCCUCCUAAUGUAAAUCAACCAGAAGAACUAUGAAUUAGAAAAAGCAAAACAUUUGUCAUAAUCUCCAUGCUGCAGUGUAUUCUUCGAAUACUGAAAAGUUAAAGAAUAUGGAUUCAUGUUCAUGUAUAUAGUGUUAUGUAAUGUCUUAAUUGUUAAUAUUUACUAUCAUGUGUUUUAGAUAUGACACUGUUUUUCAGGGGAAGUGGGGAUA